AUGGCAAGGUCCUUUAAUAUCAAAUAGAUAUAAAGCGUUAUUAAGAAAAUAAUUCAGGCUAAAUAAUAUUCCAUGGAUUGUGGAUCCUCCUAAAGACGAUUCGAAAAAUCAAAGACAUAAAAACCAAAAGGAACGAAAGAUUAAAGAAGUAGGCCAAUGAGAUUAGCAAAAAUAAAACAAAACUUAGUUGAGGCAGAAUAAAAAAUACUAGAAUAUAGAUAAAUAUAAAUUAAUAACAGGCCACUUUCUGGUUUAGAUAGUAUAAUAUAAAAAACUAUACCAUAUUGGCUAUCUUAAAAAGCGAAAGAAGCUAUCAUUUAAGAAAGAUAAGCUUAAACUGGAAAAACUUCUAAAACUAGUUUACUUCCUUCUGAAGAUAAAAGAAAGACUUUUGGUAACAAAAAAAAAUGA